AUGGGAUCUAUCCCCGAGAGCAUUCCACUGGACAUCUCCGUCGCUACUCGAGCCAAUGAGGCCAAGAGCGUGGCUGAACUGUGCAACGCCAUAGGCCUGCUCGGCAAAGGGUACUCCCAGAACAAGGAGGAGGACCGCCUCCAGCUCCUGAAGCAAGCGAGAUCUCUGUUGCAGGCCCUCGAAACACCGCGGGAGACCAUGAUCAAACAUUGCUGGGCCCAGCCCGCCGCCAACAUUCUCAUCGCCACGGGCAUCGAGUCGGGUCUCUUCAGCUAUCUGGCCCAGAACCCCGGCCCAAAGCGGGUAGAUCAAGUGAGCAAAGCACUUCGGUUCGAUCAAGAUGUCCUUGCUCGCGCGAUGCGUCAUCUUGGGUCGAUGGGAUACUUGAAGGAAGUCGGCGCGGACGAGUAUGAGGCCACAAACUUUUCCAAGUCUCUGAGCCUGCCCGUUAUUUCAGGGGGCUAUACCUGCAUCGUCGGCGGCUGUUGGCCUACGUUUAGCAACUUUCCGGCCUACCUCAAGAAGCAUGACUGGUCCAUCUCGGCCGACCCGGCAGACGGUCCGCUGCAGGACGUCGUCGGCAAGGACAAGAACUUCUUCCAGCACAUGAUGGCCAACUACCCGAACGGCGAGUUCAAUAACCACAUGGCCGGAUACAGGCAGGGCAGGCCGUCUUGGAUGGACGACGGCUUCUUCCCGGUCGCCGAAAAGCUCAUCCGAGGCGCAGACACCUCCGCGGACGCGGCUUUCCUCGUCGACAUCGGCGGCAGCCUCGGCCACGACCUCGACGAGUUCUGCCGCAAACACCCCAACGCACCCGGCCGGCACAUCCUCCAAGACCUCCCUCCUGUCCUUGCCCAGGUGCAGAACAUCGAUCGCAAGAUCGAGCCAAUGGCGUACGACUUCCACACGGAGCAGCCCAUCAAGGGGGCCAGGGCCUACUACAUGCACUCAGUCCUGCACGACUGGACGGACGAUGUGGGCAAGAGCAUUCUGUCGCGCAUCACGGCGGCGAUGAAGCCCGGCUACAGCAAGCUCCUGGUCAACGAGAACGUGCUGCCGCCGACGGGUGCCAACUGGCAGACGACGGCGCUGGACAUCAUGAUGAUGACGCUCUUCUCGGCAAGGGAGAGGACGGAGGAGCAGUGGCGCUGUCUGCUGGAGCCCGCGGGGCUCAAAAUCGUCAAGAUCUGGACCAAGGGGGAGGGCGUGGAAAGCCUCAUCGAGUGCGAGCUGGCAUGA